AUGGGGGGCCUCAGCCGGCUGUGCCGAGCCCCGGUUGUGCCAUUGGGCAACACCACACCACGAGUCCCCCCAGAUUACCGCGCUCGCCUGCAGCAGGACAGGGUUAAGGAGGAGGCUGUGGGCUCGGGGUGCGCCCAAGGGGCGGAGCUGCGGCGGCUGGGCGCACAGCUGGUGCGGGCGGACCAGGACGACGAGCGGACUCUGGAGGAAGCCCUGGAGGGCGCGUACGGAGCCUUCGUCGUGACCAACUUCUGGGAGCACUGCAGCAAGGAGAAGGAAAUCGAGCAGGGGAAGCGGCUUGCUGACCUGUCGAAGCGCCUGGGUUUGCAGCACGUGGUGUACAGCGGCCUGGAGAACGUGAAGCAGCUGACCAAGGGCCACCUGGAGGUGCUCCACUUCGAUGGCAAGGGAGUGGUGGAGGAGUAUUUCCGUGCAGUCAAUGUGCCCGCCACGUCCGUCCGACUGCCGUUCUACUUUGAGAAUUUCCUCUCCAGCUUCAAGCCCCAGAAGGCCCCGCAGGGAGACAAGUUUUUACUGGGGCUGCCCAUGGGGGACACCCCCAUGGAUGGGAUGGCGGUGGAGGAUUUGGGGCCCAUUGUGCUCAGCCUGCUGAAGUCCCCAGAGCAGUACGUAGGCCAAGUGAUCGGGCUCAGCACUGGCAAGCUCACUGUGGCGGAGUAUGCUGCUGCCUUCUCCCAGCAGACAGGCAAGACCGUGGAAGACUCCAAGAUCACCCCAGAGGAGUACGAGAAACUUGGCUUCCCUGGAGCAAAGGAGCUGGCCAACAUGUUCCGUUUCUAUGCCCUGAAGCCAGACCGCAGCGUGGAGCUGACCAUGAAACUCAACCCCAAGGCCCGCACCUUCCAACAGUGGCUGGCAGACAACAAGGCUGCUUUCUGACCUUUUGUUCUCCAGUCUUCCACCCAAGCUCCUGCAGCCAUAGCAGGAUCCUGGCCAUGAGCCAUGCAGCUGACUCUUAAGUGCCUGGGGGCUGCCCCACAGGAGCAGCAUGCUGAUGGGAGAGGUGGGAAGAGCUUUGCUGCACCUGUAGCCACCCUACUUGGUGGAGACUGAUCCAGACAGGUGGGAGAAGCACUACUUUGCACGCUAUCUUCAGGGAGGUGUUCAGUGAUUUGGGGUGUUUUCCUGUCUAUGAGGUGGUGGCUUAAUUUCUCAGGAUCACAUUUCCUAGGCAGCUCUAAGCACUCUAAGCAGCAGUGAUGCACUCAAAUGUCAGCAGCUCUAUGCCCAGAAAGGCAGUGCCUUCUCUUAGACAUUCCAGGUACCCAAAAGCAGCUCUGGUUUCUCCUUGGACCACGUUCAGGCACCACAGGUAAGCCAGCAGGCAUAGCAGCACACUUGCAGAGAUGUUGCCCUGUGUUAGCAUCACCCUGGCAAAGAAGUGUCCUUAGCCUCACUGUCAGCACUGAGGGUACUGUGCUGUGUAACCCAGCAGCUGUGCUGCCAGGCUCCUGCUGACAGCCUAAUUCCUCAGGCUAGGCAGCUCUCAGCAGCUGCAGCCUGGCCUCUGGGCUCCCAGGACCAAUUUCAAACACCACCCUCAUUAGCUGAGUAAAACUUCUGCCAGACGGUCCAACCUUCACAUUUAAGACUUGUUUACAAAGGUUUCCUCACCAUCCCCCAAAGGUAUCAUUUGGAUUAGAGCUCUGGGACAUGGCUGUUGUGCUUAAGAGUCAGCUGCAGCCAUGAGACAGAUGCUGUGUUAUCCAGCCUUGCCCUCCCAGCCCCAGUAACAGCCAAACCAGCAGAGGAAGGAGGUGUGAAGAGUAAACAAGGCAGCAAAGCACAGCGAAUGUUAAAUAUCUUUAUCAAGUCCAUCUUAUUUACAUGAAUACAGAAUCACUUUACAGACAGUUUAAUCAGGAGGCAACGCGUGCUUUAUUUCAGCAAAUUAAGGGCAGGACUACGACGUUCUCGUUGAACUGAUCGAUUAGUUUGUGGGCUGAUGGUACCUGCACAGUACAGCAAACAGCAGGCUACACUAACCAUGAAAAUACUCACUGCAAGAGCUCAACUCCGCCUGGAAGGGGUGAUCCGCUUCCCCUCUACUCUCACAUGUAGGAACAAUGACUUUUUACCAAUCAUUUAUGCUAUGGGUGUUGUGCUAAUGUAAUAAAGUAGUUUGGACAAACUGG